CAAUAAUACCUAAUAAAUUUUCAUCCAUCUAUAAUCCGAGAAAAAGUCUGUCCACUAAAAAAAGAAGAAGUUAAAUACACAGUAAAUAGAAUCCCAAAAACGAAGAAGAAAAAGGAGUAAAAGCCCUCUUCUCGAUUCUCAUCCAGCAUCGAAAAGACUGAGCGAAGAGAAGAAUGCCAGAGCUACCGGAGGUAGAGGCGGCGAGAAGGGCGAUAGAGGAACAUUGCAUAGGGAAGAAGAUAAAGAAGGCCAUCAUUGCCGACGACAGUAAAGUCAUCGAUGGAGUCUCUCCUUCUGAUUUUGUGGCAGCACUUGUUGGCAAAACUAUUGUCUCUGCUCUUAGAAAGGGAAAGAACUUGUGGCUCCAACUCGACUCCCCUCCCUUCCCUUCCUUUCAGUUCGGGAUGGCUGGGGCUGUAUAUAUUAAAGGAGUUGCGGUUACCAAAUAUAAAAGGUCUGCAGUAAAUGACUCUGAUGAGUGGCCUUCCAAAUAUUCAAAGUUUUUUGUCCAACUAGAUGAUGGUCUGGAGCUUUCUUUCACUGACAAGAGGCGAUUUGCUAAAGUCCGCUUGCUUGAAGAUCCAGCUUCUAAGCCCCCGAUAUCUGAGUUGGGCCCCGAUGCAUUACUGGAGCCGAUGACAGUUGAUGAACUUCAUGGAUCCCUAAGCAAGAAGAAAGUUGCAAUUAAGGCUCUAUUACUUGAUCAGAGUUUUGUAUCUGGAAUUGGUAACUGGAUUGCAGAUGAAGUGCUAUACCAAGCUAGAAUUCAUCCACUGCAGAUUGCUUCCAGCUUAUCCAGAGAAAGUUCUGCAACUUUACACAAGUGCAUCAAGGAGGUUGUUCAGUAUGCGGUUGAAGUUGACGCUGAUUGCGACCGCUUUCCUCUUGAAUGGUUGUUUCAUUUUCGAUGGGGAAAGAAACCUGGAAAAGUUAAUGUAGAAGUUGGGGCAGAUAGUAGUCAGUUCCCAAACAAUUGGAUUUUUCAUUCUAGGGAAAAGAAGUCUAAGAAGACUUUCAUUGAUGGGAAGGAGAUUGAUUUUAUUGUUGCUGGUGGUAGGACAACGGCCUAUGUACCGGGGUUACAGAAGCUAAAUGGAAACCAAGCUGGGAAAGCAGUGGGAAAACCAAAAGCAAGAACUUCAAAGAAAAAAAGAGAUGGGGAUGAUGAUGACAAUGACAACAAUGAAGAUGGUGGCAGUGAACCAACUUCCGAGGAUGAAAAAAUUGCAAGAAAGGCCAAAUCAAAGAGAGAGUUGAGGCCUAAAGGUCCUGGGAAAAAGCCUUCAGCUAAAAGAAAAUCCAAAGCAAGUGAUACUGACAGUGAAGAAGAUGAGGGUGCUGCCACCGCCGCCGCCGCCGACGACGAUCAAAAGAAAAAACCUAGAAGAGUGACCAGCAGAAAACAAGUCAUGGUAGGUAAAGCACCCAAGAAAUUGGUUAACAAUCAAAAUACUAACAAACCAAGGAAGAAAGUGAAGUAGAUUGCUGUUGUGAGAUAUCACAUGGUGCUACCGAAGCCUGAGCCCUAAUUUUGGAAGUAUGGAAAGGUGGUAGGGCAUCUAGUUUUUGCUUGUAUUGACAGUGAAAUGAAUUUGUCUGUCUUGUUCAAGGUAGUCUUUCUGCUAAUGCCAGCGGCUUCUAUUAAUCGUACAACCAGGGCUCUCUGCCUCUGGAAGAUGUAAAUCUUAUUUGAAUGGAUUAAAUGAAAGAAUUUUUAAAUUAGCAAACAAA